UUGCCAGUGCUGCCUGAGAGUUAGUGUGCUGUAGCAUCUAAGCUCUUUCCAUCCUCUGAUCAUCUACUUCCCUCGCUACAAGGAUAUAGGAGAUUUGCUCCUGAUUAACUGAGUGUAACUCUUAGCCAAAUGCACUCUGUUCAGGAUGCACAGUGGUGCAAAUCCACACCAGAAAGGGCUCCCUUCUACCACUCAGCAACUCCUGUGAAAGAUUCAGCAUGUUGUGGAAUUUCCUUGCAUUUGAGGAGUGACUGUGGAUGAGGCAACACAAAACUGUCAUGUGAAAAAUGGAAGAGGUAUCCCGCUCCCGCCGGUGCGGAGCGGCUAGUGCCCUGCUCCCGGGGAAACCCGCUGCAGAGCCCCGGGGAGGAGGUAGCCGCUGAGCGAGGGAGAACGUGAUGCUUGUAGAAGCUUCUGCCCACUUCGUACAGGAGGGAUGGAGGUCCCCAAAGUACUUGGGCUCCUGGUAGAGCUCUCGAGUCUGUUAUCCUGCUUCAGAUGCGUGGAGGCUUUCUUGGGAUCCCAGCCCAACCAAAACCAUUUUCAGAGUGCAGCAUCCAGCGUGUGUGGUGUCGGACCUCUUGGGUAUUACAAUGGCUCACUGGCGGUCACUGAGGCCGGGGCAGUGUGCCUCAGCUGGGCAGAGUUCCCCGAUUACGUUCAGCAGUACCCAGACCGUGGCUUGGGGGACCACAACCACUGCAGGAACCCAGAUGGGGGAACUACACCCUGGUGCUUCUACCGGCUUGUAUCGGGGGCCAUUGGUUGGGCUAACUGCGACUGCAACCAAGGUGCUGUGCGGUUGGCUGAAGAUAGUAGUGUGGAGCUGUACUUCAGUGGACUCUGGGGCACCAUCUGUGCUGACCACUGGACUGACUGGGAUGCCAGUGUUGUCUGCAGGCAACUAGGUCUCAGCGAGAUCGGAACAGCUGGGAAGAAGAAUCAUCCUGGACCGUGGCCUGUUCCCCUGCACCUGCAGUCAGCAAACUGCCAUGGGGAUGAGGAAGCCCUGCUGCAAUGUGGCUAUCAGGAAGCUAUUCCAGGAGCUUGUAACCAGGGAAGCGCUGUGGUAACCUGUGUCCCUCCAGAAGGUGUAGGUGCCCCGCUGCGUUUAGCUGGGGGAAAGGAGAGCUUUGAAGGGCGAGUGGAGGUUUACCAUGAUGGCAAAUGGGGUACCAUUUGUGAUGACCAGUGGGACGACCGGGAUGCUGAAGUAGUCUGUAGGCAGCUGGGACUCAGUGGGAACCCGAAAGCCUUGUCGUGGGCUCACUAUGGGCAGGGAUCUGGCCCAAUCCUGCUGGAUGAAGUGGAGUGCUCAGGCAAUGAACUCUCACUUGACCAGUGCAAGAAGAGUGACUGGGGACAGCAAAACUGUGACCACAUUGAAGAUGCCGGGGUCUCCUGUGACCCUUUCACAGAGGGCACUGUCAGGCUGGCUGGUGGCCGCAGCCCCAGUGAAGGCAGGGUAGAAGUUUAUUACAAUGGAGACUGGGGCACAGUGUGUGAUGAUGGCUGGACAGAUCUCGGUGCCCAGGUGGUCUGCAGGCAGCUGGGCUUCAGUGGUCCUGCUACCCUGGCCUCUGAAGGGGACUAUGCUGCUGGCCAAGGCUUUAUCUUACUGGAUGAUGUGGCUUGUGUGGGGACAGAGCUGUCCCUCCUGGACUGUCCCCACAGCAACUGGGGGCAGCAUGACUGCUCACAUGCUGAGGAUGUGGGAGUCCACUGUUCCCCGGAGAGCAACACAGUCAUGGAUGGCAGCCUGGGGCCUCCUGUGCGGCUGGUGGAUGGAGAAAGCACCAAGGAGGGACGGGUUGAGGUAUUCCUGAAUGGGCAGUGGGGCAGUGUCUGUGAUGAUGGCUGGACAGACAGAGACGCUGCAGUGGUUUGCAGGCAACUGGGAUUCAGUGGUACAGCAAAAGCCAGGGCAAUGGCUUAUUUUGGCGAAGGCCAUGGGCCCAUCCAUCUGGACAACGUAGAAUGCAGUGGCACGGAGCACACCCUGGGGCAAUGUGUCAGGUCUGACACCGGGAUUCACAGCUGCUGGCACAGUGAGGAUGCUGGUGUCAUCUGUGACUAUGUUGAAGAGAAGGUCCAAGACCUCAGGAGAACAGGUCCAGAGUCUGGUGUGUGUGGGAUGCGCCUACUUCACCGUCGCAAGAAAAGGAUCAUAGGUGGAAACAAGUCUCUCAGAGGCGGUUGGCCGUGGCAGGCGUCACUACGGUUGAAGGGUUUUCAUCAAGAUACUCGUCUGCUGUGCGGAGCAACGCUGAUCAGCAGCUGCUGGGUAGUGACUGCAGCCCACUGCUUCAAAAGGUUUGGUGUCGAUGUGCGGCGCUACCUGCUGCGGGUGGGCGAUUACCACACAGGUGUGAAGGAUGAGUUUGAGAGGGAACUGCCUGUGGAUCAGAUUGUCCUCCACAGGAACUACUGGGCUGGCAGCAAUGACAAUGACAUUGCCCUGGUCCGGAUGCGGGGCAGAGAGGGGCACUGCCUCUCAUUCAAUCGCCAUGUUCUGCCUGUCUGCCUGCCCAGCAGGAAAGAGAAGUCUGACAUCAACAGGCAAGCCUGCAUCAUCUCGGGCUGGGGAGACACAGGAAAGUCCUACUCGAGAACCCUGCUGCAGGGGGUGGUGCCUCUUCUCCCGCGGGAAGACUGUGAGGUCCGUUAUGGGCAGAAGUUCACUAACCGCAUGAUUUGUGCUGGGAACCUCUCUGAAGAUAAACGAGUGGACAGCUGCCAAGGUGACAGUGGAGGGCCACUCAUGUGUCAGACAUCAAACGGACGCUGGAUCAUUUUGGGGGUCACUUCCUGGGGUUACGGCUGUGGUCGGAAGGAUUCCCCUGGUGUGUACACAAAGGUCAGCAAAUAUGUACCCUGGAUCAAGAAAGUGACCAAGCUAAAAUGAAAAUGUCUGAGCUCUAGGAACCUCAAAGUAUGGUCCUUUUGCCCUGCGGCAGCAGAAGGCUGUGACUUCUAGCCUGUGACUGAUGGAGAUUUCUUUUGUCGUUGAACUGUAGAACUGGGAGAAAAACAGUUAUGGCCGAUUCCUUAAAGUCUUUGUUUUCACUUUGGUCUGUAAUCUCUGAGCAGAGAAAGCAGGUGCAUACUGGUAAGAAUGAUAAGUCUAUGUUGCUCUGAUUACCUGAGUCCUGUAAAGCAAUCACACUUGUUUCUUUGCCGUAGCACACAGAAAUGGUAGAAGUGGAGAGAUACCUGCCUGUGUAAAUCUAUAAUUGUUUUUGUAUGUUUGCACAGUUGAAAAACACUACAAGGAAAGAUGAGAUGCUUGGAAGAUGGCACUAGGCUCUGGCAUAGUGGAAAUCUUCAGAUAUUUUUUCAUAACAGCUCUCUUCAAUUCCAGGAAUCAUAAGAUUUGACCCAAGCUGAGGAACAGGCCAACAGCUGGGUUUUUUUCCUUCCCUGUUAUGUCUCUAGGGGGAACCUUUUCUCUUCUGAAUAGUAGGUCUGCUCCCAUAUGAUGCCUUUAAAAUGUCUGUCCCUGCUAAGAGAUGCUUGUCCCUCCUGCUGUAAUCCUCUAUCACACAUUUCCAGCUGCCAGAUGCUAUGGUUUUAUUGCUGCUUUACCAAUACAGUGAUUCUUUUGUGUGGCUUUUUUUUACUUAAAGCAGCAUCUCCUAGAAUCAGUUGUUGGUGUGAGAGUAAAUCUUCAUUUUUAAGAGACAAUAGCUUUCUUGCCCUCAUGAUUACUACAAAGAACUUAAAAAUGUGACCUCAAGAGGCUGAAUAGUCACGUUAUUUUUCUUCAAAUGUAGUGUUAAUCUCAAACAUUCAGGUGUUGAAUCAUGAUUUAACAGCACCGCAGAGAGUUCCUCUUGGUACCUCAUUCAUCAUAGUUAUUAGCUGCCCUUUAUUGGUGAUGUUAGUCUUUAAUAUCUCUGUGCUCAUAGUUCUCCCAUGAAACAUGGAAAUACGCCUGGGGUGUAGAUCCACCUCGAGCAAAUUACUCCUUGUGUAAAACAGUAAGUGUGCUGCAAAGCAGCUUCCUGCUUUCCCAAAGUGUGUCCUAUUCUUGCAGCCUCUGGGCUAUGCUUCCUCUCUUCUCUUCUUUGCACUACUUCUCUUUUCAUUCCUCUCAGUGGGAGUAAACUGGCUUAACUCAGGAGUAUGCAAGCACUGCCAUCAAGCUGUAGUUCUCAGCCUGGACAGAAAUAAUGCUGAGAGAAAGCAGGGGUUAUCGAAUACUUCAAUUGCUUCCUUCCCUGUCAUCCAAACAAAUGAACAUAGUUUCCUCUUAGGCCUUAAACCCUUUUGAAAGUUAAUUUAUUAUUCUUGAGUAGGUAGCAAAAUAUAAAAAUAGACAGAAGGGCUAAGUGCAUUAACAGUUGUGCAGUGCACAGUGUCUUCUCACUGUGUAUAGACAAGCCAGAGAGAAAACAGGCCUGCUCAGGAGCAGGGGCGAUAAACUUUGAUGUAUAACCAAGGACCUGAACAUGGGAAUACAGGAUGGGACACAUGGAACUUGUGCCAGAUGUGCAUGUUUUGGGCUUACUCGUGUGCUGUUGGGUAGGCAAUGACUGGGUCAGGCACUGGCCUGCUGUCUGGAAGGUCUGCACUCAAGGUACUGAGGUAUUCAGUACCCAGAUAUGGCCAAGGCAAGAACAGAAGGCAGAGCACAGCCUGUGGAUUAGCAAUGUCAUAUUACAGGGCAUGUGGUGACAGAGUCCUAGAAAUUGCCUUGGAUUCAGUAAGUAGGGAUUGCCUAAUGCUUUAAUUUCUCCUCUAUAAAACAGAUUAAUGUAAAGGUGCUGACCUAAUUAGGUGGCUGAUUUUUGUGUGUGAAUGUUAAAUGAAACAGUUCCAUUUACCCUCUCCAGGGAUUAUAGGAUAGUUGGGUUUCCAAUGUUGCAAUGGACUGUUUAAAGAUCCCGCUUGGAAACUUUAUUUUAAAAAACAAUUGUAGAAAUCUUUAAAACAUGAAAUGUCAGAACCCAUGCAAACUGGCCUGUGAGACAGAUCUGAUUUGUUUGUGCCUCUUCUUGAGGGGGUGAAUGUCUGCAGUGCAGCUUGUGCUGAUAACCCUGUUUGAAGUGCCAGGCCUGAUCCUUCGGCAGCGCUAUGCUUGGCUCCAUGCUGGCUGCGUUGUCCUACAGCUGCUGGCAGAGAGUCCCUAAGGCGCAAGCUGCAAACUGUUCCUUAUCUCCCAGGAAUUAAAAUGACAGGAGGACUGAGGGCAAUUAUGCCACAGACCUCUGGUCUUGCUGGGGAUUAAAUGCCAACUUCCACACUGUCAGCAAUAGUACCUGUCUGGGAAACAUGGAGGGAUUUGGCUUUUACCUUCGGCCUUUCCCAAGCCAGCAUGCUACAGCAGCUCAGAUGGAGUUUCUGUGCCUUGGGUGCUGUCACAUCUCUAGUUUAACCUGGUGUGAUCUUUCAGUUUAUACCCCUAGCCCCAACAGGCAUAGAAACACCCAAAGGAUUGAAACUAUGAGGUUAUUUCCCUAAGCCUACUUAGCUGGUUGCCAUUCAGGAGUUAGAACACAUUACCAUGUAACACGAGUGAGAUGCAGGCCUGGCAUUGUCUUCUGAAAUUCCCAUGUUCUAGUUCAAAAUAUUUCUUUCUCCUAGAUAUUGUCACCAUGAAAGCUGUGAGAAUCCUUGUAACUAACAUCCCGUGAGUCCUGCAUGAGCCAGGAGGAGGGAAGGAAGUAUCCAAUCUCCUUCACCUACUUUUACACCUUACUGGUACCAUAGGCAAGCCUGCCAAUACUCUCCUCAGCUGUCCUGACUUGUUUCAGUGCACCACUGUUGCUCUUUACUGUUUAAACUGGGACUGUGGCCCAAACCAAACUCGCAUGCUUUGCCACCGAGGCUUACUGGGACUGCCUGGUUGACUAAGCAGCACUCAGCUGCCCUAGGUCUGUAUUUCCUACCUAAUAUUGGCCAGCAGCAGAUAUUUCAAAGGACAGUACGUGUGAGUUUGUACUGAGCACGUUUUAACAAUCUUUUCUUAUGGGGAAUUUUGUUCUUGGCUCAUUUAAAUUAAUUACUUCCAUUACUAUUAUUAUCAUUAAAAAUAGAAGUACAAGUACUUGGUCCUCUAGGUGCUGUACAAACACUAUGCACUAUCCUUUUGUGAUUCUUUUUUUUUUUUUUUCUAAAGCAUGAGAGUUUUUAUAUCCCUAACUUUUAAAAAACUAUUUAAUGUAACCAGCCUUCAUCUUCCAUAUAAAUGUUUAAUCCUGUAUUUAAUCCAACUAAGCGCUCAGCCUCGAUAUUUUCUGGCAAUGAGAACCAAUAUAAUUUUAUUCUCCAUAGCACGUAAUUUCUUUUUAUGGUUCCUGAAUUAAUUGCCUUUUGUUUUCAUUCAAUCCCAUCUGUCCUUGUGUUCUCAACCAUGAGAGGAAAUAAGGGGCCUGGCUUUAUAUUCUCUGUUGUCCAUUAUUCUAGAGAUAGAACCUUUUCUAAACCGUGGCUUCUCUAUCUCUCUUCAACCCAAACUGUCUAGGUAUCUGAUAACACACUGACUGUCUCUCCACGUCUUCUCCUUCUGCUGGAUCUUUAAGCUUUGGUAACCAGAACUGAAUGAAGUUUGCCCAGGGAGGCUGUGCCAUCUGCUGAUUACUUUCAGUAUUAUUUUCUAUAGUAGGCAAUGCUGUAAGUGAUUUCAGCGCUCUAUGCAUAUUAUGUAUGUAUGCUGGAGCUAGCUUUAGACUUGCUGUUGUGGUCUUGGUGGCAGCCUAGCUACAAGAGGAUGAAAACCCACCAAGGUGAAUUCCUCCUGUUCCUCGGGCAGGUGCAGCAGCCCCUCUGAACCCAGAGCAAUUGCUGUAGGCACGUCUGGGGAGCGUAACACAGCUCUGGGUAGGGACCACCUGAAUAGUUGUGUAGAGCCUUGCCUUGGCUGACAUACCUGUAGGGCUGAUACAGUCUGUCUUCGCAGCUGUUAGUCUGUUGGAUAAGGCUAUUGAGACCUCAGUCACUGCUGUUGGUGGCUACACUGUGCCACAUGGGUGCUGUGAGACAACUUCCCAUAGUAGUGUGGCACACACUGGUUACGUGAGAAAGGGAACGUCACUAUGACUGGCUGAAGUCAUUGGCAGGAGUAGGAACAUGGCUAUGGUAAGGGUCUAAAGAGGAGAUAUUAGUGCUCCAGGUAUCCUUCUUUGAAGGAAUACCCCAGUGCUCUACAAAGGCUGACCCAGUGCCAGUCUCUUCCUGACCUGCAGGAUCUGCAUUGGUGCCCUUAUCAGCCUUGUCUCGACACCAAUCCAGGCUCUGUCCAGCUGAAGCUGGACUAAAGAUAUAUCCCUUUCCUGUAGCUGAACACUGUUCUGAUGAUUUCUGUGAAUUAUGUUCUAUGCUGUAAUUAAUCAGGCAGCUAUUUAUUAACCUGGACAGGAUGUUGAUUACCCCUGUAAUCCUUGUACGCUUGUAGCAGAGAAUAACAGAUCAGUUUCUCAGUGGUAUUAGUGGAGGCAUUGGUGAGGAACCAGGAACAUGGAUAUUUGCUAUCUCAGGGGUAAGAGAGGUGGGUCUGUCUUCCUUCCUUUCUGAAGCUAAUAUCCAGAAGUCUCUUCACCCUCAAAAAAGCUGCAGUGAUCCAUCAACCACUUGAAGACUGAUUUAUAUGUGUAUAUUCAGCAAUCAGAUGGAAGCUUUUGAGAAAUUAACUGCACUGUAGUAUUUAACACCAUCUUGAUAGACUUGACAGGAGUUUCUUGCAGCUAGAGGGAACAGAAAUGACCCCUGGUGGUAACCAGCUUGGGGCUGCUCCUUGUGGAGUGAGGCACUGUGACCCGGACCAAUGCACAUCUCUUGGGCUAUAUUUUUACCUGUUCAGAAAAAUAUUUAAUUUCCCACAUCAAGAAGAAAAACUUGCUUGUGUAGUAGCCCACUCAGUUCUAUUAAAAUCCCUUUCUACUAACCAGGGGCUGAGGACCUCUGAAAUCAGUCAAGUGCCAAAACUGUCAUGUCCUCUGGAUCAACACCAAUGGCUCACAAGGUAUGCUAAUAAAUGGAUUAUACUGUGA